UGCAGCCAGUUUAUCGCGAGCCCACGAGCUUGGUUAUACGCAGUUCCUAGCUCUCCUCUUAUGUAUACAGUGGUGCUUUCCUUUUCCAGUCACAUUUACCUGUUUUAAUUACACGUGAGGGAUGGUUAAUUGUGCACCUUCGAUAAUCCCAUAGAGAGAAAGGAGAAUUUAGAAAGCAAUAUCACACACGGUUCCUUUCUGAUCCAAGACUCGAUUUUGGGGUAGAAUUUUAACUAUUGGUGAUUUUUCCUUCCCCAACAAGGUUGAAGAUGCACGCAGGAUGAGCCACAGCCUGGAGGGUCGUGCUGUGGCGGUGGUCAUCAGUGACAUCACCACGCCGGCCAUCUCAGCAGCCAGGCACAAGACACAGCAAGCACAAUCCGGAGAGAGCUGGGAAGCCAGUGACAGCCCCCAAGAAGCUUCAGUCCUCCAGCCCAGCCCACAAAGGGAGACACAACCCAGCAAUGAGCACACACAGGAGCCAGCCAGUACCGCCACCUACCUCAGGGAAGGCGUACAGGAGGAGGAGGAGGAGGACUUCCACACGGAGCGGGUCCUCAUCUCCCUCCUGGCGGGGGCCAUGGCGGGAGCCGUGGCCAAGACCACCAUCGCUCCGCUCGACAGGACCAAGAUAAACUUCCAGGCCACCAAACAGAAGUUCUCAGCCCGCCACGCCUUCCUCUUUGCGCGGGAGUGUUACCAGAGGGAGGGGCUUCUCAGCUUGUGGCGAGGGAACUCAGCCACCAUGGCGCGCAUCGUCCCUUAUGCAGCCAUACAGUUUGCAUCACACGAACAGUUCAAGAGAAUACUCAGGGUUGAUGCACAAGAGAAUGAGGGCCACACUUACCUAAGGUUCGUGGCGGGCUCCAUGGCCGGUGUUACCUCACAGUUCCUCACCUACCCGCUGGAUGUGGCCCGCGCACGCAUGGCCGUUACACACAGGGACACCUACCGCUCACUCAAGCAGGUUUUCAUCAAAAUCCUGAAGAACGAAGGCCCCCUCACCCUGUACAGAGGCCUGGCGCCCACGCUGCUUGGCGUCAUCCCCUACGCAGGAACCAGCUUUGGGAUUUAUGAGACCCUCAAGCGACGCCAUGCUGAAUAUUCUCACCGGGACAAGCCCAACCCCCUGGAGAGGAUGAUGUUCGGAGCGGUGGCGGGCUUGGUGGGCCAGUCCUCCUCCUACCCGCUGGACAUCGUGAGGCGGCGCAUGCAGACCGCCACCGUUACCGGCAACGGCAACCACUAUAAGACCAUCCUCGGCACCCUCCUCAGAGUGUACAGGGAGGAAGGGGUGUGCCAUGGCCUGUACAAGGGCCUCUCCAUGAACUGGAUCAAGGGGCCCAUUGCUGUGGGCAUCAGCUUCUCCACGUUUGACACGCUCAAGAUCUUCCUGGAACAGAUCAUGCUGUCCAGAUAGCAGACCUCCCUGCCCCGUGUCUGUGUGUGGCCAGAGAACCACGUGUAUUAGUCCUGGAAGUGCAUUUGUUUCACUGUUAACUUGAAAUACUAUAUAUAUAUCAGAAGUUUAUAUGAAGAACAGAUAGCGCUAUAGAGUGUACAUAGGAUAAAGUAUAGCAUAUAUUUAUGAGAGAAGGAGUCGGUUAAAAGCAUGAAGCUGAGUAUUCAUUCACCACAUAGUAAGCUGUGUAAGUAAGUGAAAACUGUGCACAUGUCACAGAAAGAAUAAGCCACUAAACUGUAGCUUAGUAUGGAUUAAGGAGUAUUACAUGUGGUGGCCAGUCACCACCAGCGUAUUCCCAGUGAAGCUUUUAAACACAGGUCACACUGCCUUUAUGGGUGGCUGUGAAGGGGUCAGAGUAGCAUCUCAUAGCUACCCCUGUCUACUAGUCGGAUCACCAGGAACACGGAAUACCACUGCCUCCCUCCUCUUGCCUUCCUCAGAGUAGGUUACGUGGGUCAAUAGUACAAGAGAACACAGGAUUUCACUUAGUUUUCAGGCCCUGCCAUCACUACAGAGGACCCAGACGUUGUAUUCCAUCCCUUGUUCACCCUUCUGUGUCCCCUUCCCUUUCCCAGGUCAGUCACUACCUCCCUCACAAUAGUUUUCCUGAUACAAGGUUUAUUUUAUUUGCUUGGGAAGAAAGGUGAUACGUUUUAACCUUUUAAUCUUGAAGUUAAACACUGCUUCUCUGCCUCACACUUGUCAUUGCUGAUCCUUACUGUAUCCUCUUGCUCUCCCUAGUCAGUCCCCACCCCCUUCCUUCCUUGGGUUUUGCUGCUCCAUCCAUUAUUUUGCUAGCUGGGAAAGGAAAGUUGGACAUUUUCACCACAAUGAGGUUUGGGUUAUACAAUUUUCCUGCCUCAUGCACUAUCCUCAACCCUUCAUUUACCCCAGAGCAGUCAAUACCUCCUUCCAACACACUAGUGGCUUUUCCAUAUCCCUCCAUUAUUUUUUUUAUGUACAGGAAGGUUGUACAUUUUAUCAUUAUGAUGUUUAGGUGUCAUUUUUCUGCCUCGGUCAUGCCAUCCUCAACCCCAUGCCUACCCCAUAGCAGUCACUACCUCCUUCCAACACACAAGUGACUUUUCCAUAUCCCUCCAUUAUUUUGUUUCGUAAAGGAAGGUUGUAAGUUAUUAUCAUAAUGAUGUUUGGGUUCUGCCAUUCUUCUGCUUCAUUCAUGUCAUCCUCAACCCCUUGCCUACCCAAGAGCAGUCACUACCUCCUUCCCUCCCACUACUGGCUUUUCUGUAUCCAACCUUUAUUUUGUUUUGUAAAGGAAGGUCAUACAUUCGCACUACAAGGAGGUCAGGACUGCACCACUUUCCUGCCUCACAAAUCCUCACAUCAGUUGUCCCCUUCCUACCCCGCUGUACCCCAGAGUCCCCUUCCUUGCGCACAAUGGGUAACCUGAUGCAUCCAGUUCCCCCUGCAGGUGAUAGGAGUGUAUAAAGUCAAUGCAACAAGCUAAUGCAAUGCUUCUAUAGUGUCAUUUAGAGAGGAGUAACUGUAGUCGGGUCAGUUGUUGGUGGCCCUUGCCACCCCAGCCGGUGCUCUCCGCCACACAAGGAGUCUCUCAGUUACUUAGUCAUGUACGCUUUGUUUGGUGGCGGAGAGUUGGUGUACUUGUGUGAAUAGCGGCGGCUGCCAUUCCUGCAGUAGUGCAAUAGUGUGUGGAGUAAGGUCAGGUGUUAUUAAAGUCAGAGCAGCUGUUUUAAUCUCCAAAGGCUGGGACUGAUUGUUACUUCUCUCUUACAUUAUGGAAAGGACUCGGGACAGGCCAGCCAAGCCCUGAGUGAGGGUGCGGCUGUGCUGUCUGAGUGUGUCCAGCACCGAGGGCCUGCCCCUGGUGCUGAAGCCACUGCCUUGUGCACCGCUUCCUUGGCCAGACCUGUGGCUCAGAGGCUUCAGGAGAGUGGCACUGUGAUGCUUGCUGCGCCUCUGUGUCACGAGGCUGAGCCCGCCUUCUCUUGGUUUAGGGUGUAUAUUUUUAUUUGAAUUCCUAUAUAUAUAAAAGGAGAGAUAUACAUACAUUGCUUUGUCUUGAUGUACAGAAGUAGAGGAAUGAGUUUCAGAUACUUCAUUUUUUAAUUAGUUGGAUUCAUUUUAAAUAUGAGGUUUUGUAAAUGCUUCUAUCAACUUGAAAAUAA